AUGGGUAAGAAGAGAGAAAGAGAGGAGAAGCCUGCGGACGAUGUCGCCGAUAGAAUGGACGAGGACUCCUCCGACGAUGAGGACUUCGACGUCGUCAACGUCGAUUUCGAGUGGUUCAACUUCGACCCCGAGGUCGACUUCCACGGCACCAAGACGCUGCUGCGCCAACUCCUCGACGUCGAUGCGACGCUCUUCAACAUCUCUGGCCUCGCCGAUCUGAUCCUGUCGCAACCCACCAUCGGCUCAACCGUCAAGGUCGACAGCAAGGAAAACGACGCCUACGCUCUCAUCACGGCGCUCAACAUCAAGGAGCACAGCCAGAAGCCCGAGAUGGCCGAUCUGGCCAAGUACCUUAUUCAGAAGGCGCAGACAAAUGAGGCCCUGGCCCCUAUCCCCAACCUCAUCAACGGCGGCGCUCAGGUCGGCCUGAUUCUCGGCGAGAGGCUCAUCAACAUGCCUUCCGAGAUCGCGCCACCGAUGUACCGCAUGCUUGUCGAUGAGAUCGAGGCUGCUGUCGAGGACAAGGAGCCGUACGAGUUCACGCACUACCUGAUCCUCUCCAAGACGUACCAGGAGAUUGAGUCAACACUGACCGAGACGGAGAGGAAGGGCAAGAAGGCCAAGGCGGACGCCGCCAUGUGGCACUUCCACCCCGAGGACGAGGUUUUCGUGAAGCACGCGACGGCACACGGCUCGUUCUCUUACACCAACGACGAUCAGGCCGUCGCGGAUAGCAAGCGCGCAUUCCAGGAGAUGGGCGUCAAGUCGCACGGUUACAUGAUCCUGAUCGAGGCGAGCAAGUGGGAGGGCGCGGUCCAGGCGGUAGAGAAGUACAUGAACCCCGGCCAAUAG